UAGAGAGAGAGAGAGACUGACAGAGAGAGAGAGAGACUGACAGAGAGAGAGAGAGAGAGAGACUGAUAGAGAGAGAGAGAGAGAGAGAGAGAGAGAGACUAUGUGGAGGCAGUGGCCUAGAUGUGUGAAAAGCCAGCCAGGGGUUAGCUGUGUUGGUUCACUGGUUGACUACCAGAGAACAGAUGAAAUGGGGGAAGUUGUGAAAACUUAAAGAAAAGUUGUGUGAAACCUGUAAUUUGGCAUUUUCUUUUUAAUUGUAUGCAUACUUACUGAACUUUAGUUUUGGGAGGAAAGCAUCACUGACCUAAUGUUGCAUGCAGCACUAUCAUGGGCAUCAGGUGGAGACAUGACACUGACACACACUUUUAAGGAUUGAUCUAUUAUUCCCUUCGGUCAGCAGCAGCAGAUAUUCCGCUUGACUCCCUCCACAGCCAUGGCCUUGGAGGCGGACAGCGACAGAGGUUCAUCCAGAAGCGCUCAUGACAAACAUCCCCGGGCAGCGUUGGAGCGCAGCGGCUACGUGAAGACAUGUGUCACCCCGUUGCACCGGGACGCACGACGGAGCCAGUCGUCGUGGCUGAGACUCGCCGUGACAUGGACUCACCGAGGAGCGUCGUCGUCUGCGGUCUGCUGCGUCUCCGUUAUUAUUCUCGCUCUGCUGCUCAGACUGGUCGACUGGGAUGCAGAAAGCAGCAGCGGGGAUAACUCUCCUCUCCGUUUCUUGGCUGCGGAGCUGCUUUUGACUGUGUGUUACUUUCUCUCCCCGGUUUUUACUCUCGUAUGUGCCUUCUUCUGGGUCGGACUGUACUGUAUCCGCUGCGGGGUGCUCGUCCGCACCGUGGUUUUCUUGUUAGCGGUGUGCCACUUGGGCGAAGCCGCCGCGCAGUGCCUCCUGAGCGGCUCCGAGCAGCAGCUGCUGUCGCUCCCAGCAACCCUGGUAGUCCUCGGUUGCCUAGGCAGCGGGGCUCUGCUGGUCGUCCGGCUGCACCAGGGAGUGUCCAUCCUCGUCUUCGUCAGCGUCGUCCGGACCGUGUCUUUAGUCUCCCUGGGCGGACUCCGGGCCAGCUGGAGACCCUACCUGGCCUACCUGCUGGGGCUGCUGGGGGUUUUGCUUGCGCGGUAUGCUGACCGGCUUCUGCCGGCCUCGGGGACCAGCGGGACGGGGUGCUGUGGCUCUGUGACCGGGGCGAAGGAGGAGGACAUCCCUGUCUUCAAGAGGAGACGGAGGUCCAGCUCCAUAGCGGCCUCGGAGAUGAUUAUUGCUCACAGUCAGAGCAACAGCAAGUCCCACCGCAGGACUUCGCUGCCAUGCAUUCCGCGGGACAUCCAGUCGUCGGGCACCAGCGUGGUGGUGGACAUCGCGGUGAUGGGCGAGGCCCACGGUCUGAUCUCAGACCUGCUGGCUGACCCCUCGCUGCCCCCGAACACCUGCAGCUCUCUGAAGGCCGUCAGCAACCUCCUCAGCACCCAGAUCAGCCUCCAACCGCUCCACCGGCCUCGCAUCCCCGCAGACACACACACCUGCUCUGACUCCGAGGACGGGCCGGACAAAGCAGAGAGACUGGCCAUCCCAAAGCGUCUAAGACGGAGUCUGCCCCCAGGAUUGCUUCGGAGAAUCUCCUCAACUUGGACCACGACCACCUCAGCUACGGGGCUGCCUACCAUCGAACCAGGCCCUGUACGCCGAGACCGCUCAGCCAGCAUCAAACACACCACAGACAGUGAAUCAUGGAACAACUCCGUGAUGAUGACCAUCUCAAAGAGUCGCUCCAUGUCUGCCUCCUGUGCUGUCUCCGUCACCUCCAACCACCUCUACAGCAAACCACUGGGAAGACCAGGUUUCCCCCCCUCCAACGUAUCACCUCUGGGCUCUCCGUGCCCGUCUCCUCCCACCCAGGGCACGCCUGCCUCCAGCCCUACCAUCAAGACGUGUUCAGUGCAGCUUCCUGAGCCGAUUGGGCCCCUGACAGAACGGACCCCUGGCUCUGUGGCCCCCAAGAGCCACCACAGAGCCUUAACUCACAGUCAGAGCGCCCCGAGCUCCACCACCCCUCACUGGCGGCCUCCAUCACUCUGCGGCAGCUGUGGCAGGCCGUUCAACAAUCGACUAAACGGGGUAGACUCUGUCGACAAAGUGGACAGAAUACCCCACCCAGAUGAGCGCGCUGUAGCUUCUUCGGACUAUGACAGCACCUACGACAGCACCUACGAGACCAACCACAGUGACAGCAGCGACUUUGCACAGAAUGAAGAGGAGGGAGAGGGAGGCAAGAAGCUGCCUGAAGCGAGGGAAGGUUGCAGGGAGUAUCUGGCCGAGGGCAUCGUUCUUCACCCUCUCCUGCCAUCACCAGAGGACAAGCCCAUCGUGGCCGAGGAGCCUGUGGUGGAGCCGGAGCUGGAGCCUCUGAUGAGUCAACUCAACAACUGGAACUUUCCCAUUUUCAGUCUCGUGGAGAAGACCCACGGCAAGACGGGCUGCAUCCUCAGUCAGGUUUCCUAUAAGCUCUUUGAAGACACGGGUCUGUUUGAGACCUUCAGAAUUCCUGUACACGAGUUCAUGAACUACUUCCACGCUCUGGAGAACGGAUACAGGGUCAUCCCUUAUCACAACCGGAUCCAUGCCACUGACGUGCUACAUGCUGUUUGGUACCUCACCACUCAGCCUGUACCAGGCCUGCCCGUCCUGCUGACUGAGAAUGGGAUACACACUGACUCAGAGAAUGGCAUUACACCUGGUGCCACAGGCUUCCUGGUGUCCAAGAUGAACUCUGUCCUGGAGGACGGCUAUGGCUCCCUGGCUGGCCUUAUCCCCGGCCUGGAGCUCAUGGCCCUGUAUGUAGCUGCCGCCAUGCACGACUAUGACCAUCCUGGAAGAACCAACGCCUUUCUAGUAGCUACCAGUGCACCACAGGCUCUUCUGUACAACGAUCGCUCAGUCUUGGAAAAUCACCACGCAGCUUCAGCGUGGAACCUCUUCAUGUCUCGACCUGAGUACAACUUCCUGGCUAACCUUGAACACGUGGAGUUCAAGCGCUUCCGCUUCCUCGUCAUUGAAGCCAUCCUAGCCACCGACCUCAAAAAGCACUUUGACUUCCUUGCAGAGUUUAAUGCAAAGGUGGGUGAUGAAGGGAUGUCCGGUAUUGAUUGGACCAACGAAAACGACAGAUUGCUGGUGUGCCAGAUGUGCAUCAAGCUGGCUGAUGUCAAUGGACCGCUGAAGUGUAAGGAGCUGCACCUGCAGUGGACAGAGGGGAUCGUCAACGAGUUCUACGAACAAGGUGAUGAAGAAGCGAACCUGGGCCUUGCUAUCAGCCCGUUCAUGGACCGCUCCGCUCCGCAGCUCGCUAAACUCCAGGAGUCAUUCAUCACUCACAUAGUGGGCCCUCUGUGCUCCUCCUACGACUCUGCUGCUCUCAUGCCGGGACGCUGGGUCGACCCACCCGAGGGAGAGACGGAGCCAGAAGAGGAGAAGGAGGAACAAGAUACAGAAGAGGAAGAGGAAGAGGAGGACACGGCAGAUGAGGACGCAUCAACAAGCUCUGACACCUCCCAGCGACAAGAAACCAAAAAGGUGAGCAGGAGGAAAGUGUUUUGCCAGAUAACACAGCAUAUUCUGGAAAACCAUGAACUGUGGAAAAGAGUCAUCGAUGCAGAAGCCCAGGAGGAGGCUCAGGAAGAGGACCCCAACUGCAUCGGCAGCCCCUCCGAUCCGAUCACAUCCAUCCAUGAGGAGGAGGAGGAGCAAGCAAGCAAAGAGGAGGAGGAGGAGGAGGAGGAGGAGGAGGAGGAGUCGAUGGACGGCCUUGAUGAAAGGGAAGAGGUGCCAGUUAUAGAGGAAGAAGAAAUCCUUCCACAACCAGAGACUUCAGGGGAAAAAGAGGAGGAACCAGAGUGAUAUUAUGACCUCCUCUUAAAACCAGGAAUCUGAACUUUGUCUAAAAAAAAUGUUUGUUUCUUUCCUAACUAAACUCUUGAUAUGGUAGCCAGCACAUCACUUCGACACAACACUGUAGAAGAUGUUUUGGGUAAUAUGUGCCUAACAAAACCUGGGUUUGAGGACAGGGAUGAUGCAUGCCCAGUUCAUCUGACGAGGGUGAGAUGAGCAAAAGAUGACGUGACUGAGGAGUAGAAGAAGAAGAAGAAGAAAAAAAGAGAAUGAUUGGGACUGUACUUGUUUUUGCUGUAGUGUUUGUUUUAGUCUGGAUCUGCUGCCCUGCCAUCACCCAGGCUGCCCAUCCUGCACUACGGGCCAACCACGCUGAUUCACAGAUUCACUCCACCAGUGAGUAAUACACUGUCACGAGCACCCAACCACCCCCCGACCCACACCCUUCUUGUUGCUCCCAUCAUAUCAGCACACUGUGGAGCCACCCAGGUGGUUGAGGAGGUGCAACAAGUCCCUUCUCCUUGAAGACAAUGGGAUGAAAGCCAGGGAAAAAGCUGUGUCCAUGGAGAGGGAGACGGAAAAAAGGGCCAGUUGUAGUACAUUGUGUAUACUGACAUACACCUACACACAUGCACACACAAUGCUACUGUAGAAACACAUUCCUCACUCAGAACAGAUAGGAAGCUUAACAAAAGAUCCCUGUUGCUCUAAAAGCUUUAUUCUCGCUCAAGGAAAAACAUACAAAACAGGGUUUUGUUCAUGUAAAACAAUGUUCGUCCGCAUGUUUUAUCUCCCCGUCUUUUGUUACUCAAAGUCAGCGCAGCGCACCUACACGUUUCCAGGCCACACAACUCAGGAAGGCAGAAACCCGUAGAGAAAAAAAAGAGAAACUAAAAGGACUUGUAGUUUCCUCGUCCUUAUACUCGCCACUGCUUCAAGAGUUUCUUUCCCUGCUGUUUGCGAUGCUGUCUGAUUUACUUAUUUAUUUACCGAUGAGACACGCGGUUCCCUUUGCGAAUCACAAAGGAACCACAAGGGAAACAAGGUUAUUGAUCACAUUAUACUGUGUAUUACAAUUCUAUUUUAGUUAGUUUUGCUUUCAGCGUCGGCCUCCCAUUGGUCUCAAUGCUACAACACAGCAGAUCAUACUGUUAAACUAACUCACAAGACACAAAACUAGCUAAUAAGGUAAUGUGUUUUAUUAAGAAGAUAUAAUUUGUGUCCACAUUUUAUGCCACUCCCCGACUUGUUUUCUUUACAGUCUCACUAGUGACAAGAAUUCUUUCUUCUUUGCAAUAUCAUUUAUAGCUUGGUAUGUAGGCCAAAUGUUUCAGAAAGUGAAGUAAUCCAAUAAGCCAUAGUGGCCCAGGCCAGAGCUGACUCACAGUUACAAAUCACCCCAGAGGAUUUACAUCAAUAAGACAUUAAAAAAACCUCCUCUGUGGAGGCUGUUGCCAUCCAGGGGGUGCUGUGUACCCACAAGAAACUACCUGCAAUCAGAUCCAAAUCAUUCAUUCCUUAUUUUGUUGCACACAAAGGCAAAGAAAGUACAUUUGAUUUGAUUUGAUUAUUAUUGUGUCAUGCAUAAAUAAUAUGCCCAGCCCAAACGGGGCUUACAAGACACCAUUAUUUAGAAAA